AUGGAUUCGAAAAUGUAUUUUUUUCCAUCGCACACCGUUUUUUACCUCCUCCUUUUCUUUCAUUCCGCAAACGGAGACGUGAGCUUUUCCCUUUCAGAGGAGUUGAAACGUGGAUCGGUGAUUGGAAAUUUAGCCAAGGAUAUCGGAUUGGGAACGAGCGCGCUGUCCAGCAGGAAAGCGCGCAUCGACGCUGACGGUGGUGGAAAGCAUUAUUGUGAUCUCAACGUGAGGAAUGGGGAGCUGGUUGUGGCCGACAGGAUUGACAGAGAGCAGCUUUGUGAAGACAAGGCUUCUUGCGUGCUAAAAUAUGAGGUGGUUCUGGAGAACCCAUUGGAGCUGCAUCGAAUCAAUCUGCACAUUCAAGAUAUAAAUGAUAACCCACCUGUUUUUAAUGAGCACUUAAUUGAUUUAGAGAUACAGGAGUCAGCUGUCAGGGGGGCACGUUUUGUGUUAGAAGAAGCGCAUGAUGCGGACAUAGGACAAAAUGCCGUGCAGCAGUACGUCCUGAAGAAAAAUGAUCAUUUCAUUUUGGACGUCAAUGAUAAAACAAUAGAGCUUAUUCUUGAUAAAGAACUCGACCGUGAAAAGCAACAAGAAAUUAAUUUGCUUCUCACAGCUUUAGAUGGAGGGUCCCCUCAGAGAUCAGGUACAGUAGGCAUACACGUCACUGUGUUGGAUGCUAAUGAUAACGCCCCUGUUUUCAGCCAGGCAGUUUAUAAAGCCACUCUGCCUGAAAACUCUCCUCCUAACACAGUCGUAAUUAAUGUUAGUGCUACUGAUGCAGACGAGGGAGUAAAUGGAGAUGUGAGUUAUGAUUUUGGACAUAUUACAGAGAAUGUUAAGAAAUUAUUCAACAUUGAUCGUAAAUUAGGUGCCAUCACUCUAACUAGUACUGUUGACUAUGAAUCAAGUACAUCAUAUGAAUUACGUGUAAAAGCCAAAGAUGGGCUCGGUUUGUCCUCCUAUGCAAAGGUGAUUAUUUCUAUCACUGAUGUGAAUGACAAUGCUCCUGUUAUAAAUAUAAAAUCAGUGUCCAAUUCUGUAGCAGAGAAUGCAUCACCUGGUACAGAGGUGGGCAUCAUUAAUGUGCAGGACAGGGACUCUGAGAAAAAUGGACAGGUCCGCUGCUCCAUUCAACAAAAUGUUCCCUUUAAAUUAAUUGCUUCUAUUCCGAAUUAUUAUUCUGUGGUGACUACUGGACAACUGGAUCGUGAACUGGUGCCUGAGUAUAACAUUACAAUUAGUGCCAAUGACGAGGGCUCACCUCCUUUGUCCUCCUCUAAAAUUCUUCAGUUGUCUGUGGGAGACAUCAAUGACAACCCACCUGUGUUUGAGGAAGAGUCCUACAGCGCAUAUUUAAGUGAAAAUAACCAAGCCGACUCCACUUUAUGUUCAGUUAGCGCACAAGAUCCUGACUGGAGACAGAAUGGUAGCGUAAUCUAUUCUCUUCUACCUACUGAGGUGAACGGCGCCCCAGUGUCCUCCUAUGUGUCUGUUAACGGCGACACUGGGGUGAUCCAUGCUGUCAGAUCAUUUGAUUACGAACACUUGAGAAGUUUUCAAGUCCAUAUCAUGGCCAGAGACAACGGUUCUCCUCCUCUCAGUAGCAACGUGAGCGUCAGUGUGUUUGUCUCAGACGUGAAUGACAACUCUCCUCAGAUAUUGUACCCCGCUCCUGAAGGCAACUCCUUCAUGACCGAGUUGGUCCCCAAAGCUGCACAAGGCGGCUCUGUAGUGUCCAAAGUGAUAGCAGUGGACGCUGAUUCUGGACAGAACGCCUGGCUCUCCUAUCAUAUCGUCAAAUCAACAGAUCCGGGACUUUUCACUAUUGGUCUCCACAGUGGGGAGAUCAGGACGCAGCGGGACAUUUUGGAAUCUGACAGUAUGAAACAGAAUCUGAUUGUGGCAGUGAAAGACAAUGGACAGCCCCCUCGCUCUGCCACCUGCUCCAUGUAUUUACUACUUUCCGAUAACUUGGCUGAAGUGCCGGAACUAAAGGAUAUUUCUUAUGAACAGAAGAAUUCCAAACUGACCUCUUACCUGAUCAUCGCUCUGGUGUCUGUGUCCACCUUCUUUCUGACUUUCAUCGUCAUUGUCCUGGGUGUGAGAUUCUGUCGCAGGAGAAAGCCAAGACUGUUGUUUGAUGGAGCAGUUGCCAUUCCCAGCGCGUAUCUCCCUCCUAAUUAUGCGGAUGUUGACGGAGCAGGAACUUUACGUAGCACCUACAACUAUGAUGCCUACUUGACUACGGGUUCCAGAACCAGUGAUUUUAAGUUUGUUUCUUCUUACAUGGACAACACGCUGCCUGCUGACCAGACUCUGAGGAAAAGUCCAAGUGAUUUUGAUGAGAUAUUUGGAGAUGCUGAUGAUUCUCCAGAGGUAUGA